AUGGCGGGGCAAAAGAUCAUCAAGUACUCACUCGAGCACUUUCGAAAAGACGGAAUUUCGGAGGAAGCCUUCCUCAAAUGGUUUCAGGAAUACCAUCUCCCUUAUGGCGUUCCGCUGAUGAAGAAACAUGGCGUAGUUAAAUAUGCUGUUCACACCAGAGUGCCUCCAUUAUGUGACGCAUUCCAGGAUAUCAUUGAAAAGAUCCGACCGGGAUGGGAAGUUAGCAAGGCCGACCUUGUGCUUGAAUACUGGAUGCCCGAUUUGAGUUGUCUGAACAGUCUUAUUGAGGACCCAGAUUGGAAUGGGAAGGCCGUCAAGGGCCAGGAAGAUUGGCUCGAUAUGUCUAGAUCUACGAUCCACAUUGGCUACGAAACCACUUAUUUGGAGGAUGGAAACGUCGUGAAUCUAUAA